GAUCAAAUGAAGGAGUUUUGAUUUCAAAGGACUAAAAUAAUAAAUUUGAUCAUUUAAAAAAAAAAAAUUUUGAAAAUAUAGCUGAAAUAAAUACAUAUUUUUAAACAUUUUAUUCUAUUUUAAUAAUACAUUUUUAUAGUAUGUGGCAUAGAUUUAAUUUUGUUCUGAUUAGAUUAAAUACUUAAAUUUAUUAUUUUAGAUGUUUGUAUUUUGAUUGUCCAGAAGAUAAUUUAAACUUCAGAAUAAAUCAGUUCAAAUUCAUAUUAAUUAUUUUUGAUUUGCCUUAUAUUAAAUAAAGGACUAAGAAAGAUAGAAGGAAGAAAAAUAAUAAAUAAAUUAUUAAAAACAAUAAAAAAAAAAUAAAAAAUACAUUCUAAAAUGAUGAGGAGAAAAAUUGUCUAGGUAGCUGAAUAAAAAAAAUUGAGCUUCUUUAAAAGUGAACUAUUUUAUAUUGUAGAAGAAUUUAUUAAGAAAAAUUAAGAUUAUGAUAUUGAAGACUUGGAGAGUUUAAAAGAAAGAAGUCUUUUUGAUAAUUCAUUCACAAAAAUUACCACUUGUUUAUAGUAUGAUGUCUUUGAUAGAAAAAAUAAAAUGAGAAAAAAAAUAGAAGUGUUUUCAAUAGAAAAAUUAGGUGAAGCAUAUUUAAAUUAUAUAAUAAACUACUCUUAAAGAAGUUAAAGUCUAUUGAGGUCUGAUUUAGUUUUAAAAGUAUUGGACUCAUAUUACUUAGAUGAUGAGCAGCUUUUUUAUGUAGUUGAUUGAGUAUGAGUAUUUUGAUUAUUCAAUUGAAUAAUUGUAAAUUGAUAAUAUAGAAUAGGAAAUAAGUUAAUAUUUAUAUUAAAUAUAUUAAUACUCUUAAAAUGCUUUAUCACCAAUGUAAAAAAAUGACUUUUCUAUAAAUAGUUAUAAUAUUAGCAGGUCUGGGCAUUUUAUUUUUUAAAAGGAAUAAAAUAAGGUAUUCGUUAA